AUGUCACGCGCUCAAGCUACAAAGCACUACACCCGCAUCCUGCAACAAUGGCCCGUCAACCGCCUGCGUCCCGAGCUCACCUUCCAGGCCCUGCUAAAGAAGCGAAUUGAAGCUGCUCCCGUCGCUCAAGUCAACGAGACCAACACUGCUCGCGCACAACCACCAAAGCCCAGGCAUGAGGCCCGUGAGAUCAAUGCACUCUACUCGCUGCUCGAGAACAGAUACUCGACUGUGUACCCCUUGUCCAAUGCCAUGAUGCACCCUGCCUCUUCUCCCGAACACUACACAACCCUCGUCAGGGAGCUUGACCAAGUCCCCGACCGUUCCUUCUUCCAGAGACUUGCCACCAGAUGGAAGAACAUGGUCCGCAUGUCCUAG